AUGGAGCUGGUGACGGCGGUGGUGGCCAAGCAUAGACCAAGUGGUAACGGAAGUGGUGCGAUGGUGCCAGAGUUCGGCUGGAGCCCGGGGCCGGAAACUGGAGAGACCACCCAUGCGGUGGCCGGCGCCGACGACUGGCGGGACGGACUGCUGGGCGCUUUCUCCACCGGGCUGCCCACACCGAACGGGACGGCCGAAAGCAGGCCGGGGCCGAAGCCGCACCAAUUCAUCUCUCGCUCGGUUUCCAGCCCGACGGUGGACUUCUUGUCGAUCCUGCCACUGUGGCGGCUCAUCGUGUGGAACAUCCUGUUCGCCGGCAUCGUCAUCACCGCGACCGUCGGUAAUCUGAUCGUGGUGUGGAUCGUCCUGUCCCACAAGCGGAUGCGCACGGUGACAAACUAUUUUCUCGUGAACCUAUCGAUCGCCGACGCGAUGGUAUCGACGCUGAACGUUACCUUCAACUACACAUACAUGCUCUACCUGGACUGGCCGUUCGGCACGAUGUACUGCAAGAUCUCGCAGUUCGUCGCCAUCCUCAGCAUCUGCGCUUCCGUGUUCACGCUGAUGGCCAUCGCGAUAGAUAGGUAUGUGGCCAUCAUGAACCCGCUGAAGCCACGCAUGGGCCGAAAGGCGACGCUGUGCGUUGCGGCCGGCAUCUGGAUCGUGGGCACGAUAAUCUCCAGCCCGAUGCUGCUGUUCUUCACCACCUACAACCUGAACGACCACAUCCUGUGCUACGCCGAGUGGCCGGACGGUGCCUCGAACCAUUCCGCCCAGGAGUACGCGUACAACAUCGUGUUCAUGAUUCUUACCUACUUCCUACCGAUCGGCUCGAUGACCUACACCUACGCCCGGGUUGGGCUGGAGCUGUGGGGCUCCAAGAGCAUCGGCGAGUGCACCCAACGCCAGCUAGAGAACAUCAAAAGCAAACGCCGGGUCGUUAAAAUGAUGAUGAUUGUGGUGAUAAUCUUCGCCGUUUGCUGGCUUCCGUUCCACUUCUACUUCAUCAUCACUUCCUAUUACCCGGAUCUGACGAAAAAGCCGUACAUCCAGGAGGUCUACCUCGCCAUCUACUGGCUGGCGAUGAGCAACUCGAUGUACAAUCCGAUCAUUUACUGUUGGAUGAACUCACGGUUUCGGCGAGGAUUCCAGCAGUUCUUCCGGUGCUGCCCGUUCGUGCGCGUCAUGCCCGACAACCCGAGCAGCCACCGGCGGAUCGGUACGUCCCGGUACUCGUGCUCCGGAUCGCCGGACCAUUUGCGCAUAGUAAGAAACGAUACCGAACGUUCGUUCCUUUACAACGGUGCCGGCCACUCGCCCGGCACCCAACGGAAAUGGCAGGGGCACAUGAGACGGGCGAAUACGCUGCCAGCGAGCCGGUUGAACCACCAAACCACCAGCAUGUGCUGCCCGGGACUCGACGAUAGCUAAAUCGGCCGGCCGGGGCCGGGCGCGCGGAUUAAUCCCAGGAUUCCCCUUGGGGCAGCAAAUGGCCCACGGGAUUACCACCCAGCGGGGCCACGCGAGAG